AUGAAGCUGUGGUCGUCGGUUCUUGGAGCGGGUGCUUUGCUCAGUCUCCAGGCUGCAGCAGACAUCCACGAGAGACAGGCAAACAGCGAUCAGUCCCCCAACUAUAUACCCUCGCCGGGCUCAUCUGGGUUCUAUGUCGGCAACUCCACAGCGGCGGUCACGUUUGACCAGCACUCGAUCUUGCUCGAUGGAAAGCGUAUCAUGGUCUUUGCCGGCGAGUUCCAUCCAUGGCGGCAGCCGUCGAUCCCACUCUGGCGAGACAUUCUCGAAAAGAUGAAGGCCGGAGGAUACAAUGCCGUUUCGAUCUACCUCCAUUGGGGCAUCACCGAAGGAAAGCGCGGCACUCUCAACUUUGAAGGCCACCGAUCCGUCACGAAAUUCCUCGACGUCGCAAAGCAAGUCGGCAUCUUGGUCAUCGUAUAUAAUGCCGAGACGGCGGGUGGCGGUCUUCCGGGAUGGACCACCAACUUGGCCGAUCGGGCACGUUCCAAUGGUACCGAUUUUACCGCUGCCUGGACUCCCUGGAUCAGCCAGGUGUCCAAGUACGUUGCCCCCUACCAGUAUCCCGAUGGUCCCGUCAUCGCCAUGCAGAGUGAAAAUGAAUUUUUGUCGGAUGGAGUCGAGCCAGAGUUUCUUGAUGCGGGACAGCUUCCAUAUACAUACGGACAUACGGACUACAUGAGACAAAUCAUUGCGACGAUGAGGAAAACGGAAUCACAAAAAUUCCCAUGUUACACGUACAACGAUUUCUGGCCGAGUGGUCGGUAUGCCUCGGGCGCUGCCAAGGUCGAUCUCUAUGGAUGGGAUGCGUAUCCCUCGGGUUCGACUGCACCAAUCCAAGCCUGGAAAGAGGUCGAUGCUAACAUGGAUGCCUAUCACCAAAACGCCAACCCAGCCGAGCCGCUAUAUCUUGCCGAAUACCAAGGAGGUUCGAUCGACUUUUGGAAAGGAUCUGGAUUCGAUGCGUGUUCCGACUUGGUUAACGAACAGUUUGCGAAUGUGUUUUACAAAAACAAUUAUGCCGCUGGAGCGUACCUCCAGUCGCUCUAUAUGACUUAUGGAGGAACCAACUGGGGUAACUUGGCAUAUCCUGGCGUAUACACUUCCUACGACUAUGCUGCUUCGAUUUCCGAAGACCGCACAUUAAGGCCCAAAUUCUCCGAGAUCAAACUCCAAGGUCUAUUCCUGCACGCUACCCCGCACUACCACUUGGCCGGUCGAAUCAGCACCGGCACCUCCCUCUCGUCGUCCCAGCAGAUCUUCACAACCCACCUCGCCACGCCCCAGGGCCAGAACCUGUACAUUGUCCGUCAGACGACCAACAACAACACCGCGCGGGUCGAGUUUGAUUUAAAGAGCAAGAUUAUUGUUAGCGAGUAUCCGUUUGGAAAGAGUUUGUUGAGAUACUCGACGGGCGAGAUUGCGACAUGGACCACAAUCGACGGCGAAGAUCAUAUCCUUCUCUACUCUUCAAACCAAACCAUUACUACCGCGCUAUACACCACCUCCACCACGAAACCCACCAUCACGGGAUCAAAUUCUAUCAAAACUACUUCCGCCAAUAAUACCGUCGUCGUUUCUGGUCCCGCUCCAGCUUCCGGAUUGGCCCGGGUGACCAUUGGCCAAACUUCCCUCUGGCUCGUGAACAAGUCGUGGCUCGCGCCCAGACUGUGGCAGCCACGCGUGAGCGGGACAAGCGGCAACGGGCGAUACGACCUCAGUCCUCGUACCGGCAGCGUUCUCGUCUUUGGUCCCUACCUCGUACGAAGCGCGACGAUCAAGGGCACACAACUGGCGCUUGUCGGGGACCUUGAAUCGGGCAACACGACCGAGUUGGAGGUCCUCGCGCCUACGACUGUCAAGUCGGUCUCGUGGAAUGGCAAGGCUGUGCCUGUGAGCAAGACUCUGACCGGUACGCUCAGGGGUACCUGGAGGUGCGCAGACUCGUUGCCCGAGGUCGCGCUCGGGUUUGAUGAUUCGAAAUGGACGACGGCGACCAAGACUACGACGUUCCGCCCUGUGGAACAUCAGCCGCUGGGUGGGAAGUUGGUCUUGUAUGCGGACGAAUAUGGAUACCAUCAAGGCAACUUGUUGUACCGCGGUCGAUUCGGAAGUGGGGCAACGGGCGUGAAACUCUCUGUUCAAGGCGGAUUCAAUUUUGGCUUUAGCGCUUUCCUGAACGGGGCCUUUUUGGGUUCUGGUCAGGGCCGGCCAGAAAGUGAUCCUAGCGGUGGAACCGAUCUUGUUAAUGUGACUUAUACGUUCCCUGUCGGUUCCAUCGAGCGUGAUAAUAUCUUAACUGUGGUUGUCGAUAAUAUGGGUAUUCACGAGAACUGGAACGCAAACGAUGAAUUCAAGGCUCCCCGAGGUAUCCGUGGCUACGAACUGCUCGGGAGUGGCGACUUUACAUCCUGGAAGCUCACCGGAAACGUGGAUGGCGAGAACACAAAAGAUAUCAUUCGCGGUCCACUCCACGAGGGUGGCCUAUACGUCGAACGCAUUGGCGCGAUCUUCCCGAAUUACAAAUUCACCUCGGCUUGGAAUUCGUCCAAGACCGAUGCUUCGUGCUCACCCUACGUGGGGAUCAACAAGGCGGGGAUCAAGGCGUACAAGACCAAGUUCAAUCUCAGUAUCGACCAGUCGACGAUGUCACUGUUGCCUUUAAGCUCGACAGGAAUCCAAACAGUAAUUAUCGAGCGAGGUUAUAUACAUGUUUCUAACCUCGGUCCUCAAACUGUUUAUCCUAUUCCCGAGGGGAUACUGAACCACCGUGGCGAAAACGAUGUACUGCUCACUAUUUGGUCCCUUGGUACACUCACGGGUGCUAAAAUACCAACAAUCGAACUCGUUGCUUCCCCAGCCUUUGCUUCGAGCAAGGAAGUAGUGAGAAGUUUGGCCGCUUGA